CUCAGCGAGUGAUGUGAGCAAUGAGCGGUUCCAAAAUACGACAACGCAAGAAAGUUCAAAAGGACGUUGGCGAGCCUGCGACCCAGCUAGGAUCGGACUCAGAUAACCCUCCGGAAUUCGACUGUGACCUCUCCAAAUAUGUCAAGAUUUUGGUCCUACCGAUUCUACUAGCUCUGGGGGUCGUGCAUUACCUGCAUCCUGCUCUGUUUAGGAACGCCGUUGAAUCAUACCUGGGGUUCGAUCUCAACCAGAAUACCAUCUCCACGCCUGCGGACUUUUCCACCGACGAGGCGAAACGCGAGGCGAUUGUGCACGCAUUUAAGCAUGCGUGGUUGGCAUAUGAAGCGCAUGCCAUGGGUGACGAUGAGUUUCAUCCUCUCAGCCAGGAAGGCACCAAUCUGACGACCGCUGGCGGUAUCGGGUACACCGUGGUCGACUCCCUCGACACCAUGCUGCUAAUGGGCCUUACUGAGGAAUACGAGCGUGCCCGGAACUGGGUGGCCAACACCAUGUCCUUCGACCGGAACGCCUCCUUCAAUACCUUCGAGACCACGAUCCGCGUCCUGGGCGGCCUUCUCUCUGCUUACCAUCUCUCCGGGGAGGAUCCGAUGUAUCUGGAGAAAGCCAUCGAGUUGGCUGAUCGCAUGAUGCCAGCGUUCAAUACCCCGUCUGGACUCCCGCUGUCCAAUAUCAAUUUGGCGCUCAGACAAGGAAUCAACGAUCGCGAAUGGCCCGAAUUUGUCAGCAGUGCUGAAGUAGCGACUCUCCAGCUUGAGUUCCGAUACCUCAGCUUGCUGACAGGCAACACGGAGUACUGGCAGAAGGUCGAAUCGGUGAUGAGAGUGUUGAAGGAAAACCUGAUGCCGCAUGGACUGGCUUCCAUCUUCGUCAAUUGGCGAAGCGGUGAAUGGGUUCUCUCAGCCAUGCGACUCGGAUCAAGAGCAGAUUCUUAUUAUGAAUAUCUAUUAAAACAAUACAUCCAGACUAACGCAAAAGAGGCCGUUUAUCGUGAUAUGUACACUGCGGCUAUGGAUGCCGUGCACCAAAACUUGAUCAAAAAGAGUGCCUAUGCCAGUAUGACUUACACCUCGGAGCUGAUCCCGGAACGAGACGACCGUGGCGAAAUUUCGUGGCGCUUGACACCCAAGCAGGACCACCUUGUCUGUUUCUUUGGUGGCUCGCUCCUGCUGGGCGCAGUAACCACCGGUGCCUUGAUCCACCCUGUUUCGGUCCCCCCACGGCCGGAAGAAUUGACAGACGCCGGUAAACGGGACUGGAAGACUGGUCUCGCUCUGAUCAAGACAUGCAUGGAUACUCACAACACCGCCACCGGACUCGCACCUGAGAUUGCUCAUUUCCGUAUAGCGAGUGAUGGCAUCGGCCACGAUUCGAUGUUCCCCACGGACUGGUAUAUCAAGGGUGCUCGCGUCAAACCAGGGGAGUUGCCGCCCUAUGACGCAAGAUACAUGCUGCGGCCAGAAACAAUCGAGUCGCUUUUUCUCGCUUUCCGGCUUACAGGCGAUCAAAAGUACCGGGACUGGGCCUGGCAGAUCUUCAGAUCGAUCGAGACUCACUGCAAAGUCGAGUCCGGUGGUUAUGCCACUAUCAUCAACGUCGAUGAAGUGCCGUCACGCAAGGAGGACAAGAUGGAGACCUUCAUGCUGAGCGAAACACUGAAAUAUCUGUAUCUGAUCUUCUCAGAGCCGUCGGUGCUACCCUUGGACAAAUAUGUGCUUAACACAGAGGCUCACCCAUUGCCUAUAUUCGAGAUACCUGCGGACUUUGGCGGUUAGAUUUACUCGUGCAUAAUCAUAUUUAUUUGCGGCAUGGGGCAUGGGUGAGUGGUGUUACAACAGUUCCAGGAGAUUAUAAGUACAUCUAGUGUGGUCCGAUAUGGGUUUAAAUGAAUGGUGGUAUGUGGGACUAAUCAUGGGUUAUAUGGUAAUGCUGAUAAGUUAUUUCGCCAGGACGGCAGCGUACGUCAUUCCUUUCGACAGGCUCUCGGCGACGGACUCCUCGUCAUCGCUGCGAUAGACAUGUUCCCACGGUUCGUCUGCGAGGACGUCCUGGGGAGCACUGUCCUCGAGGACGAUCACAGAGCGCUUGGGGAUGAAUACAAAGUCGCCUUCUGACCGUACUUGAGUGGUGCAGUCAUCAGGCACAGGGGAGGAUAACGUUACCUGCGCCUUUACGUGGCUUGCCA